CUCGAUCGCAGGCGCCGUAGCCUCCGUCGAGCCGCGCUGUGGGCGGCAGUGCGAGUCGAGCCGAGCUUGUGAGAAGAGGGUGCUGUUGCCGCCUCGCCCCAGGCCUUCGAAAGCCGAACGCCUCCAAAAACGCCCUCGCAACCGCCCCUUGGAGCAAAGCGCGGCAGAGCAUAAAGAAGCAAGAGGGCGAUGCUGGGUUCGUCGGCACCGUCGUUCGUCGUCACCACUGAACCAGCCGGUGGCCGCAUCCCCUCUGACCACCAGAGUCCCCCGGCGAGCCUCGAAGACAUGGACUCGGCUCUCGGCAGCCCCUCCCUCAACCAAAAGAACACAAACAGUAGCAGCAGCCAGUGUUCGAGCAUGUCUGACGGGGAGAGUUACGAGUGCCUUGGCGAAGGAUCGCCUGCCCCGUCGCCUGUUGUUAAAGGAGAGUCGCCCGGGAACCUACUUAAAAGGAACACUUGGUCCAGAUCCAGUUUGCGCCGAACGCCUACAAAUAAUAGCUCUGGUGGAGACGUCGCUCUUGGUCGCAGAUGGGGAUCUUUAAGGCAGCCGGUCUUAGCAGAGGAAACUGAACAAAAAGUUGAACAAUGCGACGAUCUUGACUCAAGUGGAAAGAGAAUCAACGCGAAUGGUGCAUCGGUGCCCAGUGGACUGUGCCGGAGUGCGAGUUUCAACUCGAGCGGGCGCAGCUCCAACUGCGGCGACCCGGACGAUAUGUACUGCUCGGAUGCGUCCCUCGAAGAAGACGUCAUGGGCCUCAACCGAAAAGUGCAUAUGCUGCAGCAACAAGUGUCGGCACUGGCAGACACGCAGAAUACGAGCGACGACCGGUACGGCAGGGUGCGUCACGAGAACGCCCUUCUGCAGGCGCGCCUCAUGAUCCUGGAGGAGCAGGUGCGCGAGGAGCAGGCCAGGUCAGAGCAGCGUCUGCAGGAGGAACAGCGCCGCCACAAAGACCUCGCCUCCCGUCUCGAGAGGGAGAAGCAGCUGGAACUCGAAAACAGCGCCAUCAGACUGCAGGCGGCUGAGAGGCGCGUGGAAAGUUUAGAUGAGGAGGUCAAACGACUGCGGGCCCAAUUGGAGCGGGCAGCUGAGAGCCGCCAGGUUGCUGAGGAUGCGUCCCACGAGGCGGAGAUGAGAGCCCAAACGCUCAGAGAGCAGCUUCUGGAGACCCAGGAGGCAGCCGCCAAAACGAGAAUCGCCCUCGAGCAGCAACUCGCCGACACAGCUCAGAGUUUAGAGGAGGCGCGGCUGGAGGCAGCAGAGACAGCUCAAGGGCGGCCUGUCUCGCCAGGGCGCCACCCUGAGCUGGAGGAAGAAGCCCGCUGCCUGAGGGAAGAGGUGCGUACCCUGAAAGAAGCGCUGGAAGAGGCGCAGGCCCAGCUAUUGGGCCGAGGCCUUGAGCAGGGACGCAACCUUCUUGGAGAACCUCAAGGGGGCCCUUCCCUCGCUGAUGAACUCGACGAAAUGUCCUCAGACAAGGUGCGAUUAGCUCUGAGGGAGACGCAAGAAGUGAACAUGCAGCUGCGUGCCUACAUCGACGGCAUGUUGCUGAGCAUCGUUGAAAACUACCCCCAAUUGCUUGAGGUCAAGACUGCCGCGGGGUCACUCAAGUGACCCCCGCCCCCUCUGAAGCAUCACAGCCUGAGGUGCCGGACUGAAGGGCCAGAAUCUCACUCCCGAGUGCAAAAGCAGUGAUAAGAAAGAGUGACAUUUAAUAUAAGGAUUCUUAAAAGUAAAGAAUACCAGUGAGUACCUUUUUUAACACGAUGAGCGUUUCCGUUCGAAGAACUUGGAAAAAGAAAUCGCCAAGAGAAGACCGCAAAAAGUGCAACUUAUUUGAUUAAUCAACAAAGGUAACAGCUAUCGUUCGCGCCCUGUGUACUGAUCAGUUGGAAUAAAUUAGUUUAUCUCUUGUUGAUGAUGAAAUAUAAAAGCAAACAUUUCAAA